CCUAAUGAAGCAGUCGCAACGAGUGAUAAACAAACACCCAGAUCAGAUUUGUCAUCAGAACCAGACUUAGAAGUGGCAUCACAGCAAAAGCAAGAGCAAGAAAGGCCUGAUAAAAGUGAAAAUAACCACCCCCAGGAUAAAGUUAUUUUACAAACAUGUAUCCUGGCUGAAAAGACAUCUGAAAGCCAAACCAAGCAAAUUAACAUUCCACUUGUGCAACUGCAAAAUAUGGCUCGAGAACCAGAAAUGAAUAUGGAAUGUGAUAGACACGGUGAUAGAUCUGUACAUUCAGAACAUCCUCGUGUGCACAAGAAGUAUGAGGAGAUACAGAUGAAACAAGGCAAAUUAGAUUGGAAAAAUAAUGUGAAACGCAUGAGCAGAGAGUUAAAGCAGAAGAUUGGUAAAACUUGUGAAAAGUACCAAAUUAUUACUCAUCCUAAGUUAGAACAACUACGUGGUAAUUCUAAAGAAGCAGACGUAAAGGAAAUACCUCCUAAUGUGACAAAAGUUACACUUGAUUGUGAGGAAAAAGAUGAAUUGGGAGUGUCUGUCUCUGUAGUACCUCAGGCCUUUCCUGAACAAAAAGAGCCUAGUCUCGAAAAUGCUAUUCUCUCUCAUUCAUACUCUGGGUCCCCAGACUAUGCUUGCCAGUCAUCUUCUAAGCUCUCUUCCCAUGAAAAUGAUAACAAACCAGGUGAGCAUGUUUUUAACAAAAAUGAGAGUCUUGAUAGCGAUCCAGAAAAUAAAAAACUAAGGAACCCACUAGUUACAUUUGAAGUGAAAGAAGACCAAGAGUUUGACAUGCAGAUGGCCAAAAGUUUGAACCAAAAUACCACCAAUAGUAAAUUAGACACUGGAUAUAUCCCUCCGUAUAGUGACCCAGAAAGCCUUUUUGAUUUGCGGCUUGCCCACUCCAAUGUGGCGAAACAAAUGAUUCAGAAGAAAAGGCAUGAUACUUCUGCUAUUACAAACACUUACAAGAAAACAAAACCAAUACAAGACUCUUUCCAGAAGCCAUUAGAUGCAGAUAAUGACAGUACUAAUAACUAUAAAACUACGGAACCUGCAUUAGAAAAUGUGAGUUCUUCACCACGUCCUUUCAGAACAUCAAAAGUAUAUCAAAAAGAAGAAUUACAGCAAGAUAUGCAAAAUCUGCAAAGGUUUAAGAAUGAGAAAGGCAUGUUACAAGUAGAACUCCUGGCUUUGGAAAAAGAGAAAGUUGAACUUCAAAAAGAGACUGGAAAAGAAAGGAAGCAGCACACGAGUAAUAAAAUGGAAGGAGCAGAAAACAUAUAUGAUGCUGCUGCUGCUGCUGCUCCUGUUCUUGGUACUGCUCUUGCUGUUGCUGCUGCUGCUGCUCCUGCUGCUGGACUAAUUCAACAAAGAAAGACUGGAGAAACUGAUAACCACCUGUUUCCUACUACGCAGAAUGAAGAUUCUGAUAGACCUGCAAAGAAAACAUCUAAGGAAAAGAACAAGGUCAAAAAGCAAGUGAAUUCUGCGGAGCAUCUUGAUGAUGAGCAUCUUGAUGACUUAACUCAGUCAUCUGAAGCAGCUUCAGAGGAUUGCAAGUUGCAAUACUCUGAUUAUAAGAGUUCCCUGUUGCUCAUUGAACUUGGCAUGGAUUGUAAAGAAUGACAAGAUGGAAAAACUCACCGCCACAAAGAAAACAAGAGGUAGUACUGACUGCCCAGAACCUAAGCAGCAUGGAUAGAAGGAAGAGGCUGGAGCGAGAGUUCAGAAUAAUGACCAUCAAGAUAAUAGCUGGGCUUAAAAGACACACAGAGGACACUAGAGAAUGCCUUUCUGGAGAAAUAAAACAACUGAUAUCUAAUCAAGUUGAGAUAAAAAAGGCUAAUCUUAGUGAGAUGCGAUAAAAAAUGAAGGUUCUAACUGCUAGGAUAAAUGAGGCUUCACAGAGAAGUAGUGAUAUAGAAGACAAAACAAUGGAGAAUAAAGAACCUGAGGAAAAGCAAGAGAAACAACCACUGGACGAUGACAGGAGAAUUUGAGAGAUGAGUCGUACCACACAGCAAAACAAUGUUAGAAUAAUGGGGAUCCCAGAAAAAGAGGGGAAGGAGGGGGCAGAAGGCAUAUUUGAGCAAAUUAUAGCAGAGAUCUUCCCUCAUCUGGGGAAAGAAACAGGCACUCAAGUGCCAGGAGGCACAGAGAACCUUCCUCA